AGAAGUGUCUCCUUCCAUCCUGGGCUACACUUUGAAGGCUGCAGAGAAGAUCUCAAGAUGAAAACUCUGCUGCUGGCCUUGGCGGUGGUGGCCUUCGUGUGCCCGGACUCAGUUAACCCCCUGACUUGUCCCCAGUGCGAUGCAAGUAGUGCCGCGAAGUGUUUGUUGCCUAUGGAAUGUCCAGCUGGGGAGAACAUCUGCUAUUUUUUGUGGAAAUAUGAAGGCACAUUAAUAACGGAUUGGGUCAGGGGAUGUGCUUCAGAGUGCCCUAUCCCGAAAGCUGGUGAGACUGUGGAGUGUUGCAAGAAAAAUGAGUGCAUCGUUAAAUGCUCUGAAGCUGAAUGAUUAUUAGAUAUAUUUGAAUAGUAUUAUUACUUCUAUUACUAUUCUCUAUAAAGUAGAUCGAUCAUUAUUAUAACUAUUAUUUGAAGUACUAUUAUUAAUCUCAGAAUUAUAAUUAAAUACUUUGUAAAACUAAAA